CUGAAUAAGGUAUCUCUUAGAUCAUAUUGUAAAUACUCGCAUGGCACUGACGAUUGGGAUCUGGAGUGCUCUUCGUGGCUGGAAGAUACGGGAUGUGGUGACUGGAAACAUUUUGUUGCACCGAAGUUCAACGCCAGGGUGGCCAAUGGGUUGGCAAUUUUGAGCGAAAAGUCAAUGGAAGGCGAAUAUGAUCGCUACGAGUUGGUAGGAAUAGUUGCAGCUAUUGGUAAUGGUAAUGGACAAUGGACUCAUUCGGUAACACUUAUCAAGGACGAUGUAGACUCGAAGCUUCCUUGGUGCCUGUUUGAUGAUGUGCUGGUAACUCGUGUCCAUGAAGAUGAAGCACUGCACAUGGAUUCCCGUUGGAAGUUACCAUUGAUUCUCUGCUAUGCGAACGAGAAAUCAGGUUUUAUGAAAGUAACUGAGACUCGGUUACCAAUCCCGUGCUCGGUUUUCCAAACGGAUGCCAAUCUAACGGGUAACGAGGAAGUGGCACGCGAGCGAAGGACGUUAGAAAUUCCUGGGGAAGGCGAAUAUGUCGGAAUUGACGCGGAAUUCAUUAGUGUUGGC